CCCUGGGGCUCCAGCGGCCCUCGGGCAGUGUCCCACGGCCAGGGGGCUGGCGGUGGGGCCCGGGGCUCCUGUGGGGCUGCCGAGAGGAGCCCGCAGCGGGCAGGGGCCGGGCAGGGAGCGGGAGAGGCCCCGUGCCAGGGGCCGGGCAGGGUCUGGCUCGGGGGGACUCUGCUGCGGGGCUGGGCUGGCCAAGGACGGGCAGGAGGAGCCGGGCAGCUGCCGGGGCUUCUCCUCCGCCGUCGCUGAGCGGGGCUGGCGGAACCCCAGAGGAAAGCGGCCCGGGCUGGGCAGCGGGUGCGGAGCACAGAGCAGCCGAGAGCCGCUUUGCCAGCCGAGCCGAAGGAUGUCCUGCUCCAGCCUGUGUGUCCCCAGCUGCGGGGUGGCCACCCCGGCCCCUCUGGCUGACACCUGCAACGAGCCCUGCGUGCGGCAGUGCCCCGACUCCACGGUGGUCAUCCAGCCCCCGGCCUCGGUGGUCACCUUCCCCGGGCCCAUCCUCAGCUCCUUCCCGCAGCAGAGCGCCGUGGGCUCGGCCGGAGCUCCCUACGUGGGAGCUGGCUCCGGGGGCGCCUUUGGAAGCCGUGGAGGCUACGGGGCCUUUGGGGGCCUUGGGGGCUUUGGGGGCUAUGGAGGUUUUGGGGGUUAUGGCAGCUUUGGCGGUUUUGGGGGCUCUGGGAUCUGUGGCCGCGGGUCCAAGUCCUUCGGGGGCUCCUGUGGGCCCUGCUAAGCCCCAAAUCCCAGCGGAGUUCAGCGCUGCCCCUGCUCAGGGCCGGCCCAGCAGCCCCGGGAGCUGCAGGGUCCCCGUCACUGCCAGGUGACCCUGCAGAGCCUCGGCUGGCACCUUUGGGGCUCCCAGGACUGCCUCCAAAAGCUGCCCCCUCUCUGCCACACCAGCCCUCUGUGCCCAGCCUGGGCUGAGGCUCUGCCCUGCUCCGCCCUGCUCCGAGCCCCGAACUUGCCCUGGGAAGGGGCAAUCUCUGGGCUGGAGCCCUGGGCUGGGCCUCGCUGCUGCCUUGGGGUUUUCAUGUUUCCAAUGCCUUGCUGCUGGUUUGUCUCUCGCUGACACCGCCUGUGGC